CCAAGCAGCCGGCCAGACCUCUGUCUUAUUUUCUACUCUGUCCAUAUCAUUUGAGUUUUCCAUGCGUUUCUACCUCAGCCUCUGAAGCUUUUACCGAGUGCCCCAGGUGAGGGUCCAAGUCUCUAUCCACGACUGCAGAAAUUACCUGGGACUUUUUGACAAUUAUUCCUUUUUUGCUACAUUCUUGGAGUUGCCGGUGUGGCUGUUUCUGCGCGCGAUUGAGAGAGGAAGCCUAGUGUUGCUCUUUGCCCUGGGGGUCUGUGUACACCGUUGACCAGAGGAGAAGACUACCUGUCACCAUGGUGAACGUUCAGCUGCUGUUCCUGCUGGCCCUGGCCGGCCCCUUCUGUGCCAUCGCACGCGCAAGCACACUGGUGUCACCAACAGGCCCAGAGCAUGUGACAGAUGCCACUGACGCCCUCGGACAAGGUGCCACCAUCACAGGUGCGCCGCAAGCUGAAACUAUAACUGCAGUUGAUGAGGUCAUGACGGAAAUCGCUCCCACCACAGAAGCUGACACAGAAGUUGCCCCAAAAACUGCCACAGAACCAGCCCCUGAAGCUACUGAAGCUAUUGCCAUGACGAGUGAAGCCCCCGUUGCUCCUACCGACAACACAGAGCAGGAGAUGCCCACAACAAAGAUCCCUGACAUUGUGAAGGAACCCACGGUAGAGAUCAAACACGAGGAGGAGGUGGAGGUAGAAGAGCCAGAGGAGGGCAUUGGCUCUGGACAAGUGGCUGGUAUUGUGAUUGGUGCAUUGGUGGCAGUGAUUAUCGUUAUUGCCGUGGUGAUCGUUGUGGUGAGAAGAAUGGGCAAAUACUCCCCUUGAGGAGAAAAGCUGCAAGACAGGAAUUCUUCAAAAAGUUCUGUCAAUUCUGAACUACUGAACUAUGCUAUUUCCUGUUAUUAAACAAGCAUGCUACCAGCCCUCUACCAUAACCAGGAUCUUGGACUGUUGCCAAGAGGAGAGGGAGGUGUGUGGGUGAGGAUGUUUGACAACCUCCCCAUUUCUCCCCAAAACCCGGACAGAGCCAUUGAUAUCAACGAUCCUGCGAAACCACACAGCAACCCCCCCACACCAACAACCAAAUGGAGAAAGAUGCGACGCACAGGAUGUCACAGUGAAUUGUAGGGUCUUUCGUAUGCUUUCAUUAAAAGAAAGGAUGUAAGGGAUUUUCUCAUUUGCUCUCUUAUGCAGAGGUGUGUAAAUUAACUCAGAUUUGCAUUUUAGGUUGAUGACAAAUAAAACAAACCAAAAAAAGAUCACAAAAAAAACAAAAAAAUAACAAUAAGAGUGGAAAUAUAUAUAAAAAACAAAAAAAGGUGAAUUCAAUAAGGUGUAUAUACCAUGCAAACUGGCUUCAGUUAUUACUUUAUCAUGUGUUGCAUUUGCUCAUAAUGGAAAUCAUUCUAUGGUACAUUGCAAGGCAGCCUUGGGAUAUUGUUGUCAAUGGACCUAACUGUAAAACCAACCUCAUAGUAUUUCCUCACCUUAACACCUAUUACCAAUACUUCACAACCAAAAUGUUCAAGAACCACAGUAACUGAGGCAGUUUUAGCAGAAUUGUGUUCAUGUUCUGAAGGCUAACGAGAGGCUAAUGAAAAUAUACCUCAUUUGCAAGUGUAACGUGACAUUCUACCAGCUUUAACACUGACAUAAAAACCUAAUACGUAUCUGUGAAAUUUAGCAAAGGGGUUUGUGCCACUGUCUCUGGUAUUCCCUAGAUAGUUUGGAGAUUUUACUUUUGAAGCGCAUUAAUUUACAUUUACUGUACUUUAUCUGCCACCCAUUCCAAUAAGACAACUAUAAGUUGUAAGGUGGUCACUAGCUCAAAUUCUGCUAUCAUUGUCCUUUACAAAGUUUCCACCUUAGUGUAACUGGAUGAAGUGUACCACAAAAAGAAACACAGCCCCCCCCCCCCCAAAUGAAUGCAUGCACAGGAUGUUUUGACUUUUUGGUUGUAAUUAGUUUUAGGUGCACAGUUUUGACAGCAAUGUCCAUAUUUUCUUUAUAAUCGUAAGUGGUCAUUAUUGGGUGUAAAAAUAAUUUUAUUUCAGCUUAGCUCUGCUUGCUUUAACAACUCAGUUAUUAAGUGCACUGAAUGAGUGAUGGUUAUAAUUUAAUGAAUUCGCUUUAGACACCGCAAACAUUUGCAACAAAAAAAUUCAGCUUGUGCUUUGUUAUCAACUCUAUGUCUUUAAUUUCACUGUCGGAUUUGUUUGAAUCCUUUUAUUUAAUUGCAGUGUUUUGUUAAUAAUGUUUCAAUAAAAAAAAUGAAAACACUCCA